GUAAGUGAGCGCCGGCGUCGCGGCAGCAGCUCCAGAGGAAGCUCGGCGGCCGUGGCCGCUGCGGGCAGGCCGGACACCUCCUAGCUGGCGGGGCUUCCCCUAGAGCUGGCGAAGGCGGGGCCCCAGUGCCGGCUGCCGCAUCGCCUGGGCCGCCGGCGGGGCAGGUGCCACGAGCCAGGGACGUAGCUACAUCCAGAUCUCAUUAUGCAUCAGAAAAAUGAAAAAACAGAGGAAAAUUCUAUGGAGGAAAGGAAUCCACUUAGCUUUUUCUGAGAAAUGGAAUACUGGAUUUGGAGGCUUUAAGAAAUUUUAUUUUCACCAACACUUGUGCAUUCUGAAAGCUAAGUUGGGAAGGCCAAUUUCUUGGAGUAGACAAUUGAAACAUUUCCAUUGUAGAAAGAAGACCCUUCAGAUCCAGAAAACAUGGAUCCAGAAUGAACCUCUUUAUGCUAAGACCAAGUCCAAUGUUUCUACUCAGAAUGUUUGUACUUUGUCCUCUAAAGUAAAGAGAAAGGGCACUAAACACUUCAUUUCCUCCUCAAGGACUCUCCUGAAACUCCAAGCAGAGAAGUUUCUGUCAUCAGCAGAGAACUCUGACCAUGAAUACUGUAGAGAAAAAAGUCUCUUGGAGGCAGUUGCCGACUUUCCAGCAAAUAAUGUUUUAGGACAGGCCAAUGGUCCCAGACCUAGGACAGAGCUGCAAACUUCUGACUUUCCCAUGAAGUUCAAUGGGGAGAACCAAAGUCCAGGUGAGAGCGGCACGAUUGUGGUUACCUUGAGCAACCAUAAGAGAAAGCGCUUUUUUUAUGGCUGCUACCAGGGGCCAGAGCACCACAGGAAUGGGGGACCUCUGAUUCCAAAAAAGUUCCAACUUAACCAACAUAGAAGAAUAAAAGUAUCUCCUCUUAUGAUGUAUGAGAAAUUAUCCAUGAUUAGAUUUCGGUACAGGAUUCUCAGAUCCCAGCACUUCAGAACAAAGAGCAAAGUUUGUAAGCUAAGAAAAACCCAGCGAAGCUGGGUGCAGAAAGUCACUGGGGACCAUCGAGAGACACUUAGGGAGAACAGCGAGGGUGGCAGUUGCAGCCCAUUUCCUUCCCCAGAACCUAAAGACCCUUCUUGUCGGCAUCAGUCGUACUUUCCAGAUAUGGACAACAGUGCUGUGGUGAAGGGAAAGAACUCUCAUAAGCCUGAUAGCCACACUAAAGGAAGCCCUUUCUUGGACAAGGAGCUUAGUUUAGAUGAAGCAUUCCCUGACCAACAGAAUGGCAGUGCCACGUACACCUGGGACCAGUCACCCUGUUCUCCUAAGUGGGAGUGUACAGAGCUGAUUCAUGACAUCCCCAUAUCAGAACAUCAUUCUAGUAACAUGUUCAUCUCGGAAGCUGAGACUAUGACUCUGGGUCAGGAAAAUCGGACAAGUACUGUCAGUGAUGACAGAGUAAAACUGUCAGAGUCUGGAGCAGAUAAAUCUGUGAGUACUGUAAAUGGGCCUGUGUCUGAAGAGACUGUUCAAUAUGAGAACUCAUACCAGAUGGAGGAGGAUGGAUCUCUCAAGCAGAACAUUCUUAGUUCUAAGUUGCUGGAUCACCCUUACUGUAAAAGUCCGCUGGAGGCUCCCCUGGUGUGCAGUGGAUUCAAACCAGAAAAUCAAGUGGGAGGUGGAAAGAACUGUCAGAAAGCAUCUCCAGUGGAUGAUGAACAGCUGUCAAUCUGUCUUUCUGGAUUCCUAGAUGAGGUUAUGAAGAAGUAUGGCAGUUUGGUUCCACUCAGUGAAAAAGAUGUUCUUGGAAGAUUAAAAGAUGUCUUUAAUGAAGACUUUUCUAAUAGAAAACCAUUUAUUAAUAGGGAAAUAACAAACUAUCGGGCCAAACAUCAAAAAUGCAACUUCCGCAUCUUCUACAAUAAGCACAUGCUGGAUAUGGAUGACUUGGUGACCCUGGAUGGUCAGAAUUGGCUGAAUGACCAGGUCAUUAAUAUGUAUGGUGAGCUGAUAAUGGAUGCAGUUCCAGACAAAGUUCACUUCUUCAACAGCUUUUUUCAUAGACAGCUGGUAACCAAAGGAUAUAAUGGAGUAAAAAGAUGGACUAAAAAGGUGGAUUUGUUUAAAAAGAGUCUUCUGUUGAUUCCUAUUCACCUGGAAGUCCACUGGUCUCUCAUUACUGUGACACUCUCUAAUCGAAUUAUUUCAUUUUAUGAUUCCCAAGGCAUUCAUUUUAAGUUUUGUGUAGAGUGUAUUCCACAACAGAAAAAUGACAGUGACUGUGGAGUCUUUGUGCUCCAGUACUGCAAGUGCCUCGCCUUAGAGCAGCCUUUCCAGUUUUCACAAGAAGACAUGCCCCGAGUGCGGAAGAGGAUUUACAAGGAGCUGUGUGAGUGCCGGCUCAUGGACUGAAACUCAGCAGGGACUCUGAGAAGUCUGACCAAGUUGGAGCAGAUGGUUUGUUACUUGAAUCUCCAAACAGUUAUUUGAAUUUUUACAGAUAUUUCAGAUUAGUGGUGUUGGGCCACUAUUGUUACCUCAAAUUUAUUUUUUGCCCUUAUUCAUUUCUCCAGCUACCAUGUACUUUUGUUUAAUGUUCAGUUUGGUUUCAUUUUGAAUUUUAUGGAUUCUGUGCAUCCCCCCAUAUUUAAUAUUUAUUAUCCAAACGCAUGCAUAUAGACAGAGCAUGCAGUGAAGAGUAUUAAAAAAAGCUUAGUAGAUUUGGUGCAGCUUUUGACACUUAGUUAGACAUGAACUGAAUACAGGUUUCAAAUUUAAUCCCAGAACCUAAAAAUGCAAGAUGUUUUUGAUACAGCAUAACUCUGAGAAUAGUAGAUGUUCCCUGGGACAUAAAGGGUAGCUGGGAGUGGCUUUGAUAAAGCCAGUCCUGUUUUACAUUUACCAUCAAUACCUUUCACUGACUUCCCUCUCCAAGUGAGUCUUAGAGAGAGAUAUGCAUUCCUUUUGAAGGGUGAGAUGGGAGUGGCUGUAAACAGACGGGUGUGUUCUGUUCAUGGAGGCACACUUGUAAGCACAGCACCUGCUUUGGGAAUAGUUAAAGAAGAAAUGAAAGACAGCAACCUUGGGGGCCAAUUAUCUUAACAAAUAAGAGAUAUCAGUCGUGGUUUUAAGGAUUAUAAUACAUGGCUUACACCUCAUAAACAUUUUGCUGGGACACUGAAUUGUUUGGAUUUUUCUGGUUUUGACCUGUUAAAAUAUUUAACAUCCAUCAACCUCUAGUGGUCAGCCAAAUGAGAAUUCAGCCUUUCUAAGAGUAAUUUGCAAGUUGUAACUUCCCUUGUGUUGCCUCCCAUAUGGAAGAGAUUAAGAUUUACCAAAUUUCUCUUUCAAGGGUGUCUGAAAUUUAAACAUUCAAGGUCAAAGACUGACUUUAGGUCUUUUGCAGGGUGGAUGAGAAGAGGGAAGGUUAUAAAGACAACUUGAUUCCAUGGGAGUGCAGCAAAUAUAUUAGAGGUUUUUUUUUUUUUUUUUUCCUCUCUUCUUUGGUGAUCUCAGCAACAUGCAGGGCUCAUUUGGCUUCUGCAUGAGCAAUCCUGACACUCUAGCAUAGUUCUUUUUUUCCUUUCUAUUGAACCUCAUCUUCUGCAGGAAAGGGCAAAGUGGCCCUGUCCUUAUCCUUAGCUGUGUUAGGAUUAAAGUAAUGGAUCUUACAUCUUUAAUUUGGCCUUUUGUGACAUAUUUGAAAGGGAAAGUAAUAAGGAAAGUACAUGUUAAACCUACCCAAUCACCCUUUCUAAACAAGGGGAGGAAAAACAAAAAAAUCUAUGUGUGAGAAACUCAGAAACCUGUAUCGAAAAAUAUCAACUAAAUGGCAGAAGAUACUUGAAUUUAUUUAUGCCUGGUUGGGUUUGGCUUGUUGAAAAGAAAAAGCUACAAUGGUUAGUUUAACUUGGCUAUAAGAUAUGGCUGAGAAAAGGCUGACUGCCAGCAUUUGAGAGCUGAGUCAGACCAUGUUUACAUGUGGGGUUCCCAACACCAGUGUUGACACUGGGAAGCAGCCCCAGCACUUUCCUCUCCUGAGUCCUCCAGACUCAAACUCCUUAGUGUAAAACCAGGUCAGUAUUUCUUAUUGUGCUUCAAGUCAUUAAAAAGACUGAGAAUAGAGGCACUUUAUGCUGCUACAAGUAGGGUUGUGUCAGCAUUAGGAAAAAUACCAAUUAAAAGUGGGAAGAUGUUUCUUGAGGUUUUCAGACAUAAUUAUACAAAUGUGAGAUUUUUCAAAAUUUGUAUGCGAGACAUUUGCCUCUGAUUUUUUGGUGGGGAAGGUAAGCGGUGGUAU